AGGGAUCAAUGACACAAGAGCCACGUCCAUCCCUUACAUCAACGACCACACAAGAAACAACUGUUGAGGACAGCAUAUCAUCAACAACAUCAAAUGAUAUUCAUGAUAAUGAGUACACUACUGAUCCUAAUGCUGCUGACACUAUUACUGUUACUGUUACUGAUACUGAUACUGCUGAUAAUGAGGCUACUAAUAACACUGCUACUGCUGCUAUGGCUACUGUUAACGAUACUCCUACUUAUGCUGUUGUUGCUAAAAGGACUGAUACUACUGCUAUACCUGCUGUUGAUCAACGUGUUGAUACAGUUACUGGAGAUAUUAAUAAGGCUGUUAAUGUGCCAAAUAGUCCUCCUCCUCCUUCCAAUGAUGAAUGUAAUAAUUUGGAUGUCGUUGCUAAUCCUGUUGAACCUGGAGCUCUUAUUACUAGAUCUAGGCACUCCUAGCUUCAAUGUUACUAUUAUUGCAAAUGGUACUACUGAUGAUUGCAGUGAUAGUUGUUGUGCUAAUAUCACAAUUUCUAUACAACUGGCAUUGAACACUUCAGACCCACAGUAUACAAAUCUAAGCUAUAAUAUAUCAUAUGAUUCCAUCACUGUUAAUAAUGAAUCAGUGGUAGCAAAUGAAGGAGAAUGGAACAAGAAUAUACAGCUACCUCGUAAUGAAGCACACUACAUUAAUUCUGAACAGGCAAAAAAUCAAUGUAGAAUGAUGAUUUCUGAAUGUAAUUCUACUUGCUCUAAUCCAAUCGAAAAAUCAAAUCAAGGCUAUAUUGUAGCAAUUUCUAUAUUAAUUAUAAUACUACUAGUGCUAGUUUUAAUAAUAGCUU